GAGAAGAAUCAGUGGGGAGAGAUUGUUGAAGAGUUCAACUUUCCCAGAAGUUGUUCUAACGCUGCCUUUGCUUUAAAACAGUAUUACUUGCGUUAUCUAGAAAAGUACGAGAAGGUCCAUCAUUUUGGGGAAGAUGAUGAUGAGGUACCACCAGGCAACCCUAAGCCCCAGCUUCCUAUUGGUGCAAUUCCAUCUUCCUACAAUUACCAGCAACACAGUGUGUCAGAUUAUCUGCGUCAAAGUUAUGGGCUAUCUAUGGACUUCAAUUCGCCAAAUGACUAUAAUAAAUUGGUGCUUUCACUGUUAUCUGGACUCCCAAAUGAAGUGGAUUUUGCUAUUAAUGUAUGCACUCUCCUAUCAAACGAAAGCAAGCACGUCAUGCAACUUGAAAAAGACCCUAAAAUCAUCACUUUAUUACUUGCUAAUGCCGGGGUGUUUGAUGACACUUUAGGAUCCUUUUCUUCUGUAUUUGGAGAAGAAUGGAAGGAGAAGACUGAUAGAGAUUUUGUUAAGUUUUGGAAAGACAUUGUUGAUGAUAAUGAAGUACGUGACCUCAUUUCCGAUAGAAAUAAGUCUCAUGAAGGUACAUCAGGAGAAUGGAUUUGGGAAUCUUUAUUUCAUCCACCUCGAAAGCUGGGCAUUAACGAUAUUGAAGGACAGCGGGUACUUCAGAUUGCUGUGAUUCUGCGAAAUCUUUCAUUUGAAGAGGGCAAUGUUAAGCUCUUGGCAGCUAAUCGAACUUGUCUUCGUUUCCUAUUACUUUCUGCACAUAGUCAUUUUAUUUCUCUAAGACAGUUGGGCCUUGAUACAUUAGGAAAUAUUGCAGCUGAGCUUUUAUUGGACCCUGUUGAUUUCAAAACUACUCAUCUGAUGUUCCAUACUGUUACGAAAUGCCUGAUGUCAAGGGAUAGAUUUUUAAAGAUGAGAGGAAUGGAAAUUUUGGGAAAUCUUUGCAAAGCGGAAGAUAAUGGCGUUUUGAUUUGUGAAUAUGUGGAUCAAGACUCAUACAGAGAGAUCAUCUGUCAUCUCACUUUACCUGACGUGCUGCUCGUGAUCUCAACACUCGAGGUGCUAUAUAUGCUCACAGAAAUGGGAGAUGUUGCUUGCACAAAAAUUGCAAAAGUCGAAAAGAGCAUAGACAUGUUAGUGUGUCUGGUUUCUAUGGAUAUCCAGAUGUUCGGUCCUGAUGCCCUAGCUGCAGUGAAACUCGUCGAACAUCCAAGUUCCAGCCAUCAAGUUUUGUCUGAUAUUAGGCCACAAGCUGUAGAACAAGUUCAAACCCAGACCCAUGUAGCAUCUGUCCCAGCUUCCAGAGCAGUUGUAGCACAGCAUGUUGGUCCACCUCCAGGAAUAGUGGAAAUAGAUAGUGAGAAGUUUGCUUGUCAGUGGCUCAAUGCUCAUUUUGAAGUAAAUCCAGAUUGUUCUGUCUCUCGAGCAGAAAUGUAUUCUGAAUACCUCUCAACUUGUAGUAAAUUAGCCCGUGGUGGGAUCCUAACAUCAACUGGAUUUUAUAAAUGUCUUAGAACGGUCUUCCCAAAUCACACAGUGAAGAGAGUGGAGGAUCCCAGUAACAAUGGGCAAGCGCAUAUUCAUGUAGUAGGGGUGAAACGGAGGGCUAUACCACUUCCCAUUCAAAUGUACUAUCAGCAGCAACCAGCUUCUACUCCAGUUGUUCGGGUUGAUUCUGUUUCUGAGGUUUCUCCAGCUCCUUCACCUGCAGGACUCCCUCAUGGACCACAAACUGUAGGAAAUCCUUUCCAGAGGACUCCUGUUACCAACCAGUCUUCAAAUUUGACUGCAACACAAAUGUCUUUUCCAGUACAGGGUGUUCAUACUGUGGCACAGACUGUUUCAAGAAUUCCACCAAGUCCUUCCGUUCUUACCCACCAGCAGCAAAGUGCUCCAGUGACUGUCAUUCAAAAUAAAGCUCCAAUUCCUUGUGAAGUUGUUAAGGCUACAGUAAUCCAGAAUUCUAUACCCCCGUCAGCAGUACCUGUUAGUAUUGCUGUUGGAGGAGGAGCUGCACAAGGUUCUGUGGUUCAGAAUCAUAGUACAGGGCCACAGCCUGUUACCGUUGUGAAUUCUCAGACAUUGCUUCACCAUCCACCUGUAAUUCCACAGCAGUCUCCAUUACACACCGUGGUACCAGGACAAAUACCUUCAGGCACUCCUGUUACAGUAAUUCAGCAAGCUGUACCACAGAGUCAUAUAUUUGGCAGAGUACAGAAUAUACCAGCAUGUACUUCUACAGUUUCACAGGGUCAGCAGUUAAUCACCACAUCACCCCAACCUGUGCAAACUUCAUCUCAACAGACAUCAGCUGGUAGCCAGCCACAAGACACUGUUAUCAUAGCACCGCCACAGUAUGUAACAACGUCUGCAUCCAAUAUUGUCUCAGCAACUUCAGUACAGAAUUUUCAGGUAGCUACAGGACAAAUGGUUACCAUUGCUGGUGUCCCAAGUCCUCAGCCCUCAAGGGUAGGGUUUCAGAACAUUGCACCAAAACCUGUCCCUUCUCAACAAGUACCAUCGACGGUAGUACAGCAGCCUAUUCAACAACCACAGCAGCCAACCCAACAAAGUGUCGUCAUAGUAAGCCAACCAGCUCAACAAGGUCAAACUUAUGCACCAGCCAUUCACCAAAUUGUUCUUGCUAAUCCGGCAACUCUUCCAGCUGGUCAGACAGUUCAGCUAACUGGACAACCAAACAUAACUCCAUCCUCCUCACCAUCACCUAUCCCAGCUACAAAUAACCAAGUCCCUACGGUCAUGUCAUCUUCAGCUUCCACCCCUCAAUCACAAGGGCCACCCCCUACAGUCAGUCAAAUGCUAUCUGUGAAAAGGCAGCAGCAGCAGCAGCAGCAGCAGCAUUCACCAGCACCCCCACCACAACAGGUACAAGUACAAGUUCAACAGCCACAGCAGACGAACACAGGAAUUAGUCAGCCUGCUUCUGGUGAAUCAAGUUUAAUAAAACAAUUGCUGCUUCCAAAGCGUGGUCCUUCAACUCCGGGUGGGAAGCUUAUUCUCCCAGCUCCACAGAUUCCUCCCCCUAAUAACGCAAGAGCUCCCAGCCCUCAAGUGGUCUAUCAGGUGGCCAAUAACCAAGCCACAGGUUUUGGAGUACAGGGGCAAACUCCAGCUCAGCAACUAUUGGUGGGACAGCAAAAUGUUCAGUUGGUCCAAAGUGCAUUGCCACCAACAGGAGGAGUACAAACCAUGCCCAUCUCUAACUUACAGAUAUUGCCAGGCCCACUGAUCUCAAAUAGUCCAGCAACCAUUUUCCAAGGAACUUCUGGCAACCAGGUAACCAUAACAGUUGUGCCAAAUACAAGUUUUGCAACUGCAACUGUGAGUCAGGGAAAUGCAACGCAGCUCAUUGCUCCAGCAGGAAUCACCAUGAGCGGAACACAGGCAGGAGUUGGACUUCAGGUACAACCGCUUCCAGCCACUCAAGCAUCUCCAGCUGGACAAUCACCAUGUACUACUGCUACUCCCCCAUUCAAAGGUGAUAAAAUAAUUUGCCAAAAGGAGGAGGAAGCAAAGGAAGCUACAGGUUUACAUGUUCAUGAACGUAAAAUUGAAGUCAUGGAGAACCCGUCCUGCCGACGAGGAGCCAUGAACACCAGCAAUGGGGACACAAAAGAAAAUGAAAUGCAGGUGGGAAGUCUUUUAAAUGGGAGAAAGUACAGUGACUCAAGUCUACCUCCUUCAAACUCAGGGAAAAUUCAAAGUGAAGCUAAUCAGUGCUCACUCAUCAGUAAUGGGCCAUGGUUAGAAUUAGGUGAGAAUGGAGCAUCUGGAAAACAAAACGCAGAACAAAUGGACAUGCAGGACAUCAAAAGUGAUUUCAAAAAAUCCCUAGUUAAUGGAAUCUGUGAUUUUGAUAAAGGAGAUGGUUCUCACUUAAGCAAAAACAUUCCGAAUCACAAAACUUCCAAUCAUGUGGGAAAUGGUGAGAUAUCUCCAGUGGAACCACAAGGGACUUUAGAUGCCACUCAGCAAGAUACUGCCAAAGGUGAUCAACUAGAAAGAUUUUCUAAUGGACCGAUAUUAACUUGGGGUGGUUCACCAUCUGCGUGCAGUAUACAGGAGGCUUCAAGUGUGGCAACACAGCAAUUUAGUGGUACUGACUUGCCUAAUGGACCUCUAGCUUCAAGUUUGAAUUCAGAUGUGCCUCAGCAACGCCCAAGUGUAGUCGUCUCACCACAUUCUACAACCUCUGUUAUACAGGGGCAUCAAGUCAUUGCAGUUCCCCACUCAGGAUCGAGAGUAUCCCAGUCUCCUGCCCUGUCAUCGGAAGUUCGGUCUACAAAUGGCACAGCAGAUUGCAGACCCGUGAAGAGGCCAGCAGAGGACACUGAUAGGGAAACAGUCACAGGGAUUCCAAAUAAAGUAGGGGUGAGAAUUGUUACUAUCAGCGACCCCAACAACGCUGGCUGUAGUGCAACGAUGGUCGCGGUGCCGGCCGGAGCAGAUCCAAGCACUGUAGCUAAAGUAGCGAUAGAAAGUGCUGUCCAGCAAAAGCAGCCCCAUCCACCAACGUAUGUACCGAAUGCUCCCCAGAACACUCCUAUGGCACCGUCAGCAGCCGUGCAAGUGCAGGGCCACCAGCCCAGCAGCUCUCAGCCUUCUCCAUUCAGUGGAUGCAGUCAGCUUGGAGAUCCCAUGAGAAAGCCUGGGCAAAACUUCAUGUGUCUGUGGCAGUCUUGUAAAAAGUGGUUUCAGACACCCUCGCAGGUUUUCUACCACGCAGCAACUGAACAUGGAGGAAAAGAUGUCUAUCCAGGGCAGUGUCUUUGGGAAGGUUGUGAGCCUUUCCAACGACAAAGGUUUUCUUUUAUUACCCACUUACAGGAUAAGCACUGUUCAAAGGAUGCCCUGCUUGCAGGAUUAAAACAGGAUGAACCAGGACAAGCAGGAAGUCAAAAAUCUUCUACCAAGCAGCCAACUGUAGGGGGUACCAGCUCAACUCCGAGAGCACAAAAGGUCAUUGUGAA